UGGGCUCUUAGUAGUUGAGCGUUCCGGGGUACGUGCGGCUUAGAAGCGGGAAGGACGUGGAGAAAGGGCCUUGUCUUGAGGGUGUGCAGCAUCUUGCGGUUGUCCUUUGCAGAAUGAAGACCAUUCUCAGCAACCAGACAGUUGACAUCCCCGAGCAAGUCAGUGUGUCACUGAAGGGCCGGACAGUCAUCGUCAAGGGCCCCAGAGGAACCCUGAAGAGGGAUUUUAACCACAUCAAUGUGGAGCUGUCUCUCCUGGGAAAGAAGCACAAGAAGCUACGUGUGGACAAGUGGUGGGGUAACAGAAAGGAGCUGGCAACAGUUCGCACAAUUUGCAGUCAUGUACAGAACAUGAUAAAGGGUGUCACACUGGGCUUUCGUUACAAGAUGAGGUCGGUGUAUGCUCACUUUCCCAUCAACGUGGUUAUACAGGAUAACGGCUCCCUUGUGGAAAUCCGGAACUUCCUGGGAGAGAAGUACAUCCGCAGAGUGCGCAUGAGGCCAGGUGUUUCCUGUGCAGUGUCUCAAGCCCAGAAAGAUGAGCUGAUCCUUGAAGGGAAUGACAUUGAAUUGGUCUCCAAUUCAGCUGCCCUGAUCCAGCAAGCCACUACAGUCAAGAACAAGGAUAUCAGGAAAUUCUUGGAUGGUAUCUAUGUCUCCGAGAAAGGAACAGUACAGCAGGCAGAUGAGUAAAACUCUUAAAAGUUACCUGGAUCCUGAAACAAACCACCAUGCGACGUUGUAUCAGGAAGUGCCAGCUUGAAGAAUCUGAUCCAAAACUCAAGCACCAUGAGAGGUUUAAUAAAAUAUAAUCUAUUCCA